AUGGCAGGCGGCGACAUGCUUCCACUCCCGCCGCAUUUCCACCCGCUUCAGGCUCUCUGGCCGUCGCUCUUCACUCCCUCCUCGCUCUCGCUGCCAUCGCAGCAACUCGCCGAGUCGCUUUUCGACGUCGCAGGCUUCGCCGCCUUCGCGACGCUCUACGCAUUCGCGAUCUCGUUCGUCUUCCCAUGUCCCCCGCAUCAGCCGCUCAUGCUAGGAAAAAUGUCUCUGCAAAUGAGAAGAUACAUUAAUUUCGCAGGAGUGAUGGGAGUGCUGUGGCCGCUCGCCCUGAUAGCAUCCGGUUACUACCUCCGAAAGAGCAUCCCUGAAUUCACCUGGGCUCUCUCCCUCGUCCUCCCUGACAUGCUGCUGCUCGUCAUCCAGAUCAUUUCAGAGGGAGUCACCGUGGUGGCAAUGCAAUCACUACCAGUCAAAGCCCUUGUCCCCCCGCUCUACAACGCCCGGCACAUGUUCUCUCUCUACAAGUGGCUCACACACUCUGCUGCCGCCGUGCUACCCCUCAUGCUUUCAAGCACUGCAAGGGCAGGCAGUGGCAGCGUGUGGCGCCUGGUGUGGCUGGGAGCGCUGGUAGCAUGUGCAGCGGUGAACUACCUGCUGUGGGCAUACAACGUCUUCUGCUUCCUGCUGCCCACCGUCGUGCCGCGCAUAUUCGAGCAGGACAUUGCCUCGCGAGGGGUAGCUAGUGGCACAGCUAGAGUGGCAGGAGGGGGCGCAAAGGAUGGUGGCAGUGGUGCUGGUAAAGGAAAGAAAGGUGCUAAGGGUCUAUAA